AUGAACCAAUACAUCGACCAUACCCUCCUCAAGGCGGAUGCCCUGCCGUCGCAGAUCAAGACGUUGUGUCAAGAGGCUGCCCAGUAUUCCUUCUGCACUGUGUGCGUCAACUCGUCGUAUGCAUCGUUGGCUCGUAAGACGUUGGAUGAGCUGGAGGACAGUAGCAAGCACCACGUAAAGGUUUGCUGCGCCGUGGGCUUUCCGCUUGGUGCCGUCACGACGGCCACCAAGGCGUUCGAGGCUCAACAGAGUCUGGACGCCGGCGCUGAAGAGAUCGAUAUGGUCAUCAACGUGGGCAUGCUCCGCGCCGAGGAGUACGGCUUUGUGCUUGACGACAUCCGCGCUGUUGUUGCCGUGUGCAAGAAGCGCGGUGCGGUCAGCAAGGUUAUUCUUGAGACGGCGCUGUUGAACACGGAGCAGAUUCGGAAGGCCAGCGAGCUGGCCAUUGAGGCUGGUGCCGACUUCAUCAAGACGUCUACGGGUUUCUCUACGCGAGGUGCGAGUGAGGAGGACAUCAAGCUCAUGGCUAGCAUCGCUAAGCCUGCUGGCAAGCAGGUGAAGGCUAGCGGCGGUAUCCGCUCGGCUACAGAUGCUGAGAAGAUGAUCGCGCUUGGAGCCACACGUCUCGGCACUAGUGCCGGCGUCAAGAUCGCCCAGGGUCUGCAGAGUAGCAACACGUACUAG